CUAAGUCUGAAUUAUGCACCUUUGACUUCGAAUAUGCAAUAACCAGGUUGAGGUUAGGUCUACUUUGAAUUCGUACCUCUGCUGAGCUUCCCUUGCCGAAUGCUCGAUUAUGCAAUAACGAGGUUGAGCGGAGGUCUACUUUCUCAAACCCUAAUUUUGCCUCUGUAACUCUGUUGAGCUUCCCUUCCCUAAUUCCCUUUCCUCCGAUCUCUCUCUCUCUCUCUCUCUCUCUCUCUCUCUCUCUCUCUGUGAGUGUGUGUGUGUACAGCUGCUGCUGGCAGUGGUGGUGAUGAUGAAUCUCAUUCGGCAAAACCCAUCUUUGAAGGCCAUUCCUUUUGCAAGUUUGAGGCGCUGGUUGUUGCCAUUUUCCACCGCCAUCAAUGGGAACCACCAAUGUCCAUCCCCACCCCCAUCGUCGUCUCCUCUGAAGGGGUCAUCUUUUAGUGUGCUUGACUAUCUCACAAGCUCAUGUGGGUUCCCUUCGGAUGAGGCUUUACGUAUAUCUGAAAAGCUAGGAAACAGCGGUUGCGCUGAAACUGCUGUUGAGAUCGUCAAUUUCUUGAAAGCUAGUGGUUUCACGGAUGCCCACAUGAAGAAGCUCAUUGGUUAUUACCCAAAAGUGCUGGAGGCUGCCUUGGAGGAUGACCUAAAACCCAAGAUCAAGGUGUUUCAGGGUUUGGGUGUCUCUGGAGUCCGCCUCGCAGAUCUGAUUAUCUCGCAAGCAGCGUACCUCAGCAGAGAUAUCGAGAAAUGGAUGUUGCCAUCCAUCGCUUACCUCAAGACCUUGCUUUCUAGUGAUGAGGACGUCGUCAGGGCGCUCAGGAACUCCGGUUGGUGCUUUUCAUGUGAUGUCAGGAAAAGGAUGGAGCCCAACAUCUCGAUUCUGCAUCGUUGCGGCCUUCCUCAUGAGAGUGUGUUGAAGUUCAUGGUAAGGAAGCCUAGGCUUUUGAUGGUGAAACCCGACAGGCUUGAGGAAAUGAUUAAGAAGGCCUACGAGUUAGGAUUUCAGCAUGGCUCUGGGAUGUUGCCUCAGGCGGUUUGGGUCAUCUCCUCAAUGAAUCAAGGUACUUGGGAUGCCAAAUUUGAACUCUUGAAGAGCUUUGGGUUGAACGAAGAACAAAUAGUUUUGACGUUUCAGAAAUGUCCGUAUUUCCUGUCAAUGUCCGAGACGAAAAUGAAGAGAGCUUUGAGGUUCUUCAUGGACGAGCUUAAAUUCACGCCUUCAGACGUAGCGGUGAACUCGAACAUGAUGAGGUUGAGCAUGGACAAGAGAAUCAUUCCUCGUCUUUCUUUAGUGAAAUUGUUGUUAUCGAAGGAGCUUCUGAAAAGAAGUUUGAGUAUGUCGACCAUCUUGGUUAUGAGUGAAAAUAAAUUCUACAAAGACUAUGUGCUCAAGUACAAGGACGAGGAUCCUGAUGUUUUUGACCUUUAUGAAAGGUUGAGAAAAUGAAUUUUGGAUGGAAGAUUUCCUACUGAUAAAGCAAGCUCAAGGGUUCAUUUGCUCAAGUAUUUUUCAUCUCUGGCGUGUGCACAUAUGGUUUUCUACAACCAGAAAGCCAAUGGUUGGGACGAAGCUUCGCAGCAUUUCUAACAGUCAAGGGCCUUGAUCAUUGCUAAAAGGGCAUGCAUAGGAAUUGUUUUUGAAAGAACUCUGCAAGGAAUCAAACAAAACAAAUACAACAUAUGUACAUAACAUAUGAACAGACUCUACAUAACAUAUGAACAAGAGUGAACAACAUUCAGAAUUACAAUCCAAUAAGGAGGUUUCCAUCCCAAGCCACCUCCUCUUGAAGUAUUUUGAAAACUAAUGCAGACAUCAAACAACAUAGAGAACCAAGGGGCUGAAUAGAAACUGAAAUAUAGGAGCUUGCUUGAGCACCAAUAUGGUAGAGGAAACAUUUGAAUUCCUUCUGGUAUCAAUAGCUGCAGAUUGCUAGGUGUGACUUCUUACUUCCAUUUUAAUAUCAGACCCAAGCUCAAUUGGAAGUUUUCCGCAAGGGACCCCAGAAAUAGCAUAGAAGUUUCUACUACUGAAUCCUCAGAGAUACUAAAACACCCUUCCUGAUCACAAAUCAUGUAGGCCACUCUCACUUAAUCCUCCAUCGCUAAAAUUUGACGACCUUGUCCAUUAGUUCCUUGUGUACUAAAUUUGAUUAAAAGUGCAACAUUCCAGCACAAAGGAGAAGAAGAAAGUGAUUGAACAGAAAUCUGAACAUAAUGCAGAAGCCUUAAUAUGAGCUUCAGGAGUCAUCAGAAACCACUGCCCAUUAUACCGGAGAAGGAGAAAAUGUAUCAAUGACUUGGAGCAACAUUGAGUAAAUAUGAGUCUAAAAUAUGCACCAGAAUAUAGCAUAACCAAAUAUUACUCUUUCAUGUAUUUCUGCAAGCCCUACAGGUAGUGUAGAUUCUAUUAUGUUCAGAAUGAAAGCACUACAACCAUGACAGCCUCCAUCAGAAAAAUUGGAUCCUAAUUACUGUUGUCAGCAGUUUCCAACAGUCUUUGCAAUUGGGAAUACACCAUCUAUGAUUGCAAACGAUUUUUUCUCCAAGCAGAACAGAAAGGGAUCAGGUCCUGCAGGUAAUAAAGAACGAUGCACUUGAAGCUCCAUUUUCACAUGAUAGGUACAAAUCAGAACGGCAAUGUGGAAACUGAAGGGACUCAGUAGCUGCAAUAUAUUGCAAGUUGGAAGAGUUAAAAGUAGAGUGGUUUUUGAUAUUUAAUUGGAGUCUAUGGAGAAUGAGAAAGGCAAGCAGAACGGAUGAUAAACAUGUCAAACAUUCGGCUUGGAUAACGACUGGAAUCAACUACCAAAGUGAGAUCUUUUGGAUCAGCUGAUGCAAACCAUUCCUAUCCUUCAUAGCUCUCAGUGGGGAGCUGAGCUAACACAGUGUAUACCUGUUAGGAGCCUGCUUAAACAUACAUUACUUGGAGGAAGACAAAAUUAAACCAAUUAAUUUUAAGAAUCAUGUUUAUUUGCAACUCAAUCCUGCCUGGCUCUGUUCCUGAUGAGAUCCAACCAUGGAGCAAGAAAAGUUUUCAUGAGAUAUGGCUAAGAGUACAGAACUUGGAAGCAAGUACUUCAUGUAGUUCUUUUGAAAAUUUCGAGAUCGAGAAUCUUGUGUUCCACCAAUAUUGACAUGUCAGAAAGCUAAGCAUAUAUAUUGUCAAACUACAAUAGCUUGUACUAAGCAGCUUUCCAAGCUGAAUCCGGAAGAAGCCACUGUUCAGAAAUUGAAGUUUUGGUCGAAAGUUGGUCCAAAUAGGUGACUACUGGAGUCUGAGGCAGAACUUUUUGCAUCUUCUCUUUAUGGUUUCCUUUUGCAACUGACUUUUGCUUUUCAUUUCUAUUUUAAACCUGUUGAAAGCCCGCAGAAAAUGAGUGGAGCCUCCUGUAUUUUAUGCAGACGAUGUGGUACCAACUCCUGUAACAGAUCAGCUUGCAACUGUCUUUUGCUUUUCAUUUCUCCUUUAAACCUGUUAAAGCCCGCAGAAAGUGUGAGUGGGGCCGCUUGUAUUUUAUGCAGACGAUGUGGUACCAACUCCUAAUGGUAGGAAUUAGCGAACCAUUUUAUUUUUCUUAUUUUCUUGUGCACAUUCUUAUCUGAAAUUCGAGUACAUGAAUGUGUUCUGUCA